AUGCAAUAUAUCCAUCCAGCAGCAACUUCGAGAAUACCAAGAUACCUUUUAGCUACGAGCAUUUUUCAGAUUAUUAGUGGACUAGGUGCAUCAAUUACCGGCAGCGUAGCUUUCAUUCUACGUCAAGAAGAUAGCAAUGUUGGCUUAGUGAGUGCAGGAGGAAUAUGGAGUGGCUUUUUUGCUGCAGCAAGAGUAAUUUUGUCUUGUAUGGCAGUGGCUACAUCAGCUACAGCAUUUGCUCUUCACCUAUAUGGAACAAGAACGAAGAUUUCUGUUUAUCUUAGCGCUUUUCUAGCUGUAGGCUUUGUUUGCAGUAUGACUAAAACCUCCAUUGAAGUAAACCGAACUACAGUAGCUCCAGCAGUGAAUUAUCCUUAUUUACAAGUUCCUGUCUUCGUUGAGCCUGUUCCACGAUAUAGUAAUAAUACCAUCCCUCUUCAAAAUCUUCGCUCUCAUCAUAACGAAAAUCCAAUUAUCGUUAGUUAUCCGCAAAGUCAUCAAUUUCCGAUGUCGCAAACCUAUAGCAAUAAUCCAUCGGCUUUCGUUACUUACAAGCCAGCUAAUAAAGUGGAAGCUUGA